UAACUUUUUUUCUCUCUUUAAAAAAAAUAUUUCCUCACCUGAUUCGACCUUGUAAAGAGCUUCGAGGAGAGUGAUUUUAUCCUCUUCCUCCCCAAAUACUGCACGCAAAUGCAAAUGAUGAACUAAUCAGCAGCGUUCAUAGGAUAUAAACGUUACGUGAUGGAAAUUUCAUCUUAGCUAUACAUGAGAUUGCAAAAAUUAACCUUGGCUAAUAAAUGAAGCGCCCGGCCUGCUCCAAGAGAAUGGAAAUUGAAAUGACAAGGAAGCAAACAGUAGCCACCGCCCGUGUCCGCGUCCUCUCAAGAGACGCGCUUUCUUCUUCGCCAUCCAUUUUCUUUUGGAGAUAUCAAGAGGAACUGCCUCAAAUUGGGGGUUUCCUUAUGCGUGAGGUGAGGGGAGGUGGAUAAUUUAAUUAGAUUAUUGUAGUAUUUUAAUUGCCAUGUGAAAUUAAGUUAUUAGAAAAAUUGAUUUGUAUAUUUGGGACGUGGAAAUAAAGGGUUUAGGAGUUUUUCUUUUGUUUUUGGGAUCAAGGGUGGUUUAGGAGCUGGGCAUCAAAAUCGGUAGCCGCGAAACUCCAAUUUUCUGUUUCAUUAGAUUCGAGACGCGAGAGAGAGAUGAAACCAAUACCAUUACCGCCGGGCGAGGAAGUCGCACCCAAGCUCGUUCGACUUCUCUACUUUGUCGGCGCCGGAGUUGUUUGCACUGCCGCGAUUAACAAGUGGAAAGAAUAUGAAAAGAAAUCCAUGGUUCAAAAGGAGCAACAAAUGAAUGAAUCGUCUCCAGAAAAUUCGUCGGCUGUGGUACACAAGGCUGUUGAAUGAACUUCAAUUUUGUUUCCUUCUUUUAAUAACUGAAAUUUAUAACAUGUGAUUUUGAGCGGUUUAGUAGCUAAUGAAUUAUACCCUGGGAUUAAUGAAACUAUAUGUGAUAAGUGUGCUGCUGUUUCUUUGCUGUUACGUAAUGAUAUCGUUUCUAAUGAUUCUGUGUGAAUAUAGCUGCUACAGUCAUGGAACCAAAGAUGAAAAAAUAAAAUAAAAAUUCUCUUUGGAGAUAUCCGAGGUCCAAUCAUUUGGGAGCUGAUACCUACAAGAACAUUUCUAGAAUACAUCGAAAACCUAGUACAAAAAAUCCUUAUACUUGUUUUUCUGGUGUUUUGGUUGAACUGCUGAACCAAUUCUGUGGAAGCAUUUUCCAUGGCCGAUUUGAUCAUUGGCCCUCUCAUAGAAAUACUGGCAGAUAAGUUGGCAUCUCCAAUCCUCCAAAAGUUUCAAGAUCGUUAUAACCUCAAAGACAACAUCAGGAAGCUGCACCACUCACUUCCAAGGAUCCAAGCCCUUCUCGAAGACGCGCAGAAGCAGCAAGAAACGUGCCACGCCGUCAAGCAAUGGCUUGAGGAGCUCGAGGAUGCAGCGUUUGAGGCAGAAGUGCUGCUAGAUGAGCUUGCAGCGGAGACCAAGGAGCGUGAGAGGCGCUCCACCAAGGGGAAAGAGGUGGCAAACUUCUUCCAAUUUAAGCCAACGGAUUAUCUCUUUGAACUCGCUUCUCAUCUGCAGAAAAAGCUCAAAGAGUUGGAUCACAUUGUGGAGCAGGCAUUCACCUUCAAUCUUCAACAACAUGAUCUAGGGAAAAUGCUUGGGAGCUCCGGAAGAUGCAGAGAGACGAUGUCCGUGGCUGGUGAUAAUGUAUAUGGGAGAGAGGAGGAUAAACAGAACAUAAUCAACCUUCUGUUAGAUGAUAAUAGUGAAGAAAAGAAAAUCAUCUUUCCCUCAGUUAUUUCAGUAGUAGGCAUUGGUGGGAUUGGCAAAACCAUGCUGGCUCAAUUGGUUUACAACGAUGAGAUGGUGAGCCGUCACUUCGAGCUGAAGAUGUGGGUCCACGUACCAAAGGAUUUUGAUCUGGGAAAUCUCAUGAAAAGGGUGAUUCACUCUGUAACCAGAAAGAUAUAUGAGCUUUGUGAACUGGACAAUCUCCAGGCUCAACUUGCUGAGUUAUUAAAGGGGAGGAGAUUUCUGCUUGUUCUAGAUGAUGUGUGGGACGAAGAUGAGGAGAAAUGGCACGCGUUCCUUAACCUGUUCAAAGUAGGAGGAGAAGGAAGCAGGGUGUUGAUAACCACAAGGAGCCAAGGCAUCAGAGCAUCAACAAUGUAUGAACUCAAGGGGUUAAGCUAUGAAGAGUGUUGGAAUUUGUUCAAGGAGAUGGCCUUUGGAGAGGGUGGGGAUAUGAGGCUCAUAGGUAUUGGCAAAGAGAUCGUUAAAAAAUGUGGUGGCGUGCCAUUGGCUGUGAGGGCAAUGGCUAGGCUGCUGAGAUCCAAGAAGGAGGAGUAUUGGAUGUCUGUUCAAGACAGUGAGCUUUGGCAGCUCAAAGCAUACCAGAGUGAAGUGAUGCCUGCUCUAAAGCUGAGUUAUCAGUAUUUGCCUUCACAUCUCAAGAGAUGCCUUGCAUUCUGCUCCUUGUUCCCUAAAGGCCAUGAAAUCCCAAGAGAGAAGAUGAUCUGCAUAUGGAUGGCACACGGUUUGAUUCUACCAGAUGGAGGAACACGGCAGCUCGAAGACAUUGGUGGCGAAUACUUUGAUGACUUGCUGAGUCUUUCAUUCUUCCAGCAAUCUGAGGAUGUGUACACAAUACAUGACCUCAUUCAUGAUCUUGUGAGAACAGUAGCAGGGUGCGGUUUUUCUGUACUUGGUCAAGGUUUAGUAGCAGCCCCGAAUGACCUAGAAAGGACACGCCACCUAUCGAUGGUUUGCAGCUUUGACAACUCUUCUCUUCCGGAGGCCUUGUUUGGAGCCAAGCAUCUGAGGACACUCCUCUUAUCUUCGGGUGGGAGCUCAGAUGAGCUCACUCCUUUUUGGCCAGUUAAUUUUAUCUACUUGAAGGCUUUGGACCUCAGUGGAUAUGGUUUGAAGAGUUUGGAUGAAAAGGUGAGUGAAUUGCUAUGUCUAAAGUAUCUUGACUUGUCGAGCAAUCCAAUCCAAACACUUCCUCGGACCAUCUGCGACCUCUACUUUCUGCAGACUCUCAACCUAUUCAAGUGUGGAGACCUUGUGGAGUUGCCAUUUGAAAUAGCAAAGCUAACUAGCCUCAGGCACCUCAAUAUAAAGGGGUGUGAAGCAUUAACUCACAUGCCUGCUAAGGUUGGAGAGCUUCUGCACCUUCAGACGCUGCCUAUAUAUAUCGUGGGAAGAAGGCCGGGUGACAGCAUUGCUCAGCUCGAGUUUCUUGAUCUGAGAAACGAGCUGAGUAUAAAGAGCAUGGAGAACAUUAGAGACUCCGAAGAAGCCAGAAAGGCGAAUAUGGGAGAGAAGAAGUACCUCAAGUCUUUAAAACUCCAAUGGGGAAGUGGCAAUGGAAGCAAGGACAAUUCAUCUAAUCCAUCACAUAGUUUUCAACCAAGGGAAGAUGGUGAUGAUGUGGAAACCAUUCUAAAGCACCUUGAGCCGCACCCCCAUCUCAAAGAUCUCCAUGUGAAGGGUUAUCCAGGGAGAACUUUCCCAGAUUGGAACCUUCCAAAUUUAACCAUGGUUGAGUUGAUCAACUGCAGAAGAUGUGAGAAUCUACCAAAUUUUGGGCACCUCCCAUUUCUUGAAACACUCCAUCUCCAAGGCAUGAAUAGCAUCACACAUAUCACCGAAGCCUUUUAUGGCGGUGUUGCAGAACCAUUCCCAUCACUCAAGCACUUGACAGUCAGAGAUUUCCCUUAUCUUGAGGAAUGGUCCAGCAUCAGCAACGGAGCACCUUUCCCUCGUCUCGAAGAAUUAGUUCUGGACAGAUGUCCUAACCUCACCGUUGCACCAACAUUUCCUUCUAUCCGUCGUUUAGAGCUUCAUCACUGUGAUGCCAAGAUCAUCAGCUCCAUAGAAACCACUGCCGCGCUUUCUAGCCUUGUGAUCAACCAGCUCCCGAACUUGGAACGUCUCCCAGGUACAUUCCUUGGAAACAAGUAUUCCCUCGAGUCAUUGGAGAUCCGUUCGUGCCAAAAUCUUCUCUCGUUGCCCCCAGAGCUCGAGUACCUCACUGCUCUAAAGUCACUAAUCAUCAGCUGCUGUUUAUGGAGCUGCUCGAGAUCAAUGACUGCCACGGGUUGAUCAUGCUGCCAUACGAAGAAAUGGAAGGGUUGAGAUCCCUUAAAAGCUUAACCAUUGACAACUGCAGCAGCCUGAUUUCUCUCUCAGACGGCUUCCACCAUCUCACAGCCCUCGAGCAAUUGUCGAUAAUGAGUUGUCCAAAACUAACUUGGCUGCCAGAUGGUUUUCACGAUCUGUCUUCCCUUAGGAGUUUAAACAUAGUAUCUUGCCCGAGUCUGGAUUACCUUCCGGUGAGCCUGCAACACGCGACAGCACUGCAGAGUCUGGUGAUUCAUAGCUGGCCGGAUUUGACAGCUCUGCCAGAAUGGUUUGGUAGAUUUUCUUGUCUGAGAUCUCUGGCGAUUGUGGAAUGCGAAAAGCUCAUGUCAUUGCCUCAAGGGCUACAAAACCUCACCAAACUCCAGCUCAUAUCAAUCCAAAAAUGUCCAAUUCUCGAAGAUCGUUGCAGAAGGAAAGGCAUGCUGUGGCAAAGGAUAGCACACAUCCCUCAUAAAUACAUUGGAUCACUGAAGCUAUGAUCACAAUAACCCCAUUAAUAAUCGACUCUUAUAGUUACAUA